CCCCGGCCCGCCCCGCUGCCCGGAGAGGCCGCUCCGCGCCCGCCGCCGCCGCACAGCGAGUUGGAGCCGCCGGUCCCCCGCCCGCUCCAGCCCGGGGGAGCCGCUCCGAGCGAGGUAGAAGCGCCGCUUGACAGCCCGGCAGGGGAGGUGGAUUAUUUUGGCAGCGAUGAGCGGGCGUCCCUAGAGAUGCUCUGUGGUUCGGUGCAGCUGGAGCUGUCUGAAUGAAGCGAUGGGCUGUGCCUCCGCCAAGCAUGUUUCUACUGUUCAAAACGAAGAGGAAACUCAGAAGGGGAAAAACUACCAGAACGGAGAUGUGUUUGGGGAUGAGUAUAGGAUCAAACCAGUGGAAGAGGUCAAAUACAUGAAAAAUGGGGGAGAAGAUGAUCAGAAAAUAGCAGCCAGGAACCAAGAAAACUUGGAAAAAAGUGCCAGUUCAAACGUAAGACUUAAAUCUAAUAAAGAGAUCCCAGGAUUAGUACAUCAACCCAGAGCAAACAUGCACAUCUCUGAAAGCCAACAAGAAUUCUUCAGAAUGCUCGAUGAAAAAAUUGAAAAGGGUCGUGAUUAUUGUUCAGAAGAGGAGGAUGUCACAUAGUGCCAACUCUGCCGCUCGCCCCGGGAGUACUACUGUGUAAAUAGAUUACAACCCAGUCGAGACCUUCUGGAAGUCUUCUAGAGCGAACAGCACUACAUAACAGAAGAAGAUAAUUUCCACAUUAUAUGCUCCAUUCAGUUACAGUGUUUCCUAAUGAACAGAUGAGGAAUAUUGCUAAGAACUCGUAAGGAACUGUUUUUGUUGCUGCUAGUUAAAACUCGUUGCAACUUCUCACUUUUUUCCUGUGUCCAGAUACGCAGCAAAUCCUUAAAAAGUUAAUCCAAAAGACGUUGUUGAUUUUACUGAGGCCUCUGGCCUGUUUUCUAUCAGAUGAGGUAGUGUUACACCAAGCUUCCAUAAGUGAACAUUCAAGCAUCUAAGAAACACCCUUAAGCUGCCUGUCAGUCCGCGCCCAGGCCGGAGGGCUCGUUAAUGCUGGUGAUUCCAAGCUUUGGAGAUGGGAUGUUUUUGCCAUGGCAGGCCUUGUUUUCUCUGCUGAGAAGAAGCUGAGGAAAUUAUUAUCCAUUUAAAAGCAUGUUAUCACUGAAAUACUGGAAGUGAUGCAGGAGCAGGAAUUUGUAUUCUAAGAGGAGAAAGAGUUUCAUUUAAUAGGUAUCUUAAUCGAGGACUAAGCUUGCAGUAUUGGCUUUGCUGAGCACGAAUGGGAGUGUGAUCACAAUCAUUUUGAAUCUCUUUUUUUCUAAGAAAAUAAACAUUUUACUGUUUUUAUGUA